AAGCCUAAUAACUAAUACAAAAGUCCCAUUUCUUUAGCAAACCAAUUCUACUAUUCUCACAAUGGAUCAAUGAUAAAACAGCCACUCCCUGCAAGAUAUUUGGAACCUUCCUGUCACCAUGUCUCUGCAAACUAUCACUCCUACUUCCCACGAGGACGACGGAAUUUUGUCAGAUGAACAGAUUCAGUCUCUGCUCCUGGCGGCAGAGGCGCGGCUUCGUUCUGCUUCCCAAGGGAAUUGCAUUCAACCUGCUUCAACUGAGCCCGCAACUUCAUCAUCUCUCUUGCGGCUUCCCACCCUUGAUUCUACUCAACCCGUUCGGUCUUACAUUCGUGAACAAGACAAAAUUGCUACCUUUGACCAGACUCGGACUGUGACUGCGGAACAGAAAAAGUUCUCAGAAACCAUACGUUCAAUUCCCCAGGUCUCCAAUUCUAAAAUUAAAAUGCCGAAGGAAAAGCCAACCGCAGGUUCCGACUGGUUCGAUUUACCCAAGACCAAUCUCACCCCAGAAAUGAAAAGGGAUCUCCAGCUACUCCGAAUGAGACCGGUACUCGACCCUCAUCGGCAUUACAAAAAAGAUAACAGCAAAGCGAAGGCGCCCGAGUACUCUCAGGUGGGCACCAUCAUAGAAGGACCCACUGAGUUCUUCAGCGCUCGGAUUCCCAAGAAACUACGGAAACGUACAUUCGUGGAAGAAGCCUUGGCGAUCGAGCAUGAGAGCGGCCGAUUCAGGCGAAAAUAUGAAGAAAUCCAGGCCGCCAAAACGAGCGGCAAGACAGCCCACUACAAAUCCAUUAAAGCAAAACGUUCCAGAGGGAGCAAAUUUGGUUGAUAUGUUCUUGGUGAUUUCGCUUCAAAUAUUAAAUAGAAACUCCCUUUGUGGAGUAUCCGCCUAUCGCUGUGGAUGCCUUAUUAUCCAACCCCGGUCGACAUUCGACAUCAAGCUGUAUCGAUGAAUAAACGAAAAUCCCAUUAAUUGUCGGUUGUGGCGAAAAUGUCCACUAAAGCUUGCUGUACCAAUGCCUAAGCGCAGGUCAAAUUAGUUGAGAGAUGUGGAAGAGACAAAAAAAAGACAAGCUGCACCCGCGUACCUGCAUAUCUACAGCUGCAAGCCGGCCCGCCUCAAGCACUUCUUCAUGUGUGGCCUUGCCCUCCUCCACUAUGGUGUCUAGCUCUUCCACCGUCGAACCUUGCAAAAGUCUGUCGUCUCCACGUGGAACGGGAUCCAGGACCGCAUUAUUCGUCACCAGGCUUAGCGCGAGUACCUUGAUUACACAGUGUCUUGCCACUAUGAUCUCAGGGACCGUGGACAUCCCAACGAGGUCUGCGCCUAGUUGUCGUAACAGUCGGCAUUCAGCCCUCGUCUCAUAGCUUGUCACGGAUUAGCAUAGCAUUUAGGACAUGGCCGAUAAACAUAUAUAUAACGAUUCUUAGCAAAUCUCACCUCGGUCCCCCAACAAAUGCGUACACCCCCUCAUGCAGUCUCCUUUUAUUCUCUGCUGCUAUCACUUUUCCCCAAGCAUGGUGGAUAGUCCUGCGAAGCCCAAUAUCAUACGCAUCUGAUAGAGAGGGAAACCGAACACCAAAUUCCUCUUCGUUCGGACCGCGGAGUGGAUGUGUUCCAGCAAGACCAGCAAGAAAAAUAUGCUGUCACAGCGUCAGCUCAUUUUUGAGGGGGAAUCUGCCUAUUACACAACAGGCAACGGUAUCAUACAUCGUUCAGCACGACAAUAUCUCCAACUUUGUAUUCAGGAUUCAGUGCCCCUGACGCAUUUGUGACUAGAUUUCAUUUGGAUGUGGGCGUUUCAGUUUUACGGUACAAUUACUAUCAAGUUAUAAUAAUAGAAGUCAGAAAGUUCUCACCAAC